AUGCAGGAAAGGAGGAUAAGAUACGACAUCAACGGACCGUCCGAAACGAGAAAGCGCCACUCGUUCAACGCCGUCGAUGAUAUCGGAGAAAAACUGUUCGUUGGAGCAUGCGACAGUAGAGAUGGCGGCGUCCGCGUUCUGGUCAGCACGAUUUUGGCCAUGAACAUAGACUCAUUCGAACAGCUGACAACCCGAAUAAGACUACUGCUGUUGAAGAAAAGUGGAUCAAUAGCGGCUCUGACAAGGUUCCCCGUUUAUCAACCGACCUCAAGCUAUGACGAAAAGGAAGUCGAAACAUUGUAUAUGGAUUUAGAGAACUUCUAUAGAGAAGACCAUACGUUCUUCGAGGUCAUCAUUGGAAAUCUCAACGCUAAAAUUGGACCAAGAAGAAACUUGAAAAACGGCACAUUGGUACACACCGAUUACAAUGGAACGACCAGAGUGACCGGCUCUCUGAGUUUUUCAUAA